CUUGAGAGCAUUGCUGCUGAGCACACCGUUCGCGCCUCCUCGCGAUCCGUCACCGCUCGCAUGCGCCAUUUCUCGCCAUUAUCCGAUCCUUGCCCACCAAAUCCGACGUCGUCGCCCUGUGCGUGGGUUCGCGUGGAUCCCGACGGUAAUUUUAUUUUGCGCCCACGGUGUUGUUUGGGCUCGGGAAGCUGCCGGGGGGACACACUGUGACUGAGUGUUGCUGUGUUUUUAUUCUGAGGAGCGGGGAGCGUGUUGUUGCUGUGGUGGCGUGGGCGAUGUUCUCGUGCCUGUAUGUUGUCCGCAGAGACUGCCGUUGGAGGUAUUAAGAGUUUCGAGCCUUGUGGUGGUGGUGAGCAGGGAGUUUGUGGCCAAGGAGUUUGACGUGCGGGAAUUUUUGCACGAGGCCGUUUUGUUGAAACCCUAAUAUAGAGAGAGGCGGGGGCGUGACGGUGGAGAGUUGCGUGUGGAGGCCGUUGGUUUGGAGUAUCUCGAAACGGAUUAUGGGAGUGUUGGAGGUUCUGGCAGGAGAGAAGUGAAGUGUUGGUUGUUCCUGGUGUUCACAGUCUCUUGACAUGGAACUAGAAUUUUGGCUGUUGGAGUUGGAAAAGUUGGAAAAGAAUCACGUGGGCUCUUUCGAAGGAUGUUGAUCGUGGUUGACCGCACUGGAGCAUGCAGGUGAAAAACGGUCUGUGAAGGGAGCAUUACGUAUCCAUUUUGAUGCAUGAUAGGGCGAAGGGUUUUGCGGCCUACUUCGCUUUGCUGUCGGAGGCACGUCGGAAACGUCUUGUUUAUUUACAUCCUGUCAGGAAUUGUGACGAGGAGGUUCUUUUCCGAAUGUUCCGUGUCAUAGUCAGUGUGGGAGCUACAAGGGAAACGUGUUUUUUAUUUUAUUUUUAGAUUACUGGUGGGCGAGAGGGAGUUGCUGGGUUUUUUCUGCUAGGUUCGGAGAUUUAUUCUCUUCUUCUUGCGAACGAGCUCUGGUUAUUUCCUUCCGACGUAGAGAACUUCCAAUGAGACUUCAGAGCACGUCUUCUCUGUCAUGAAGGCAAAUCUUUAGUUUUUAUUCUUUCUUAUUUACACUCUGCCUCUGUCGGAGCUUUGUAAACCUCAGUGCUGUCUACAGUUGUGGUUGGUUCCUAGCCUAUGCAUACCUGACUAGUAGAAAUGUCGAAGGAGUUUGUGUCUCACCCUUUUGUUCUCAUGAAAGCUGAGGGUGAAAAGUUCAAGUCGAGAUCUGAUAGGUGAAGUCUUGGGGACGAAAGAUGAGGUUUGAAGCCCUGUCGUGCUGUGAGAAUUUUGUGCAGCUACAUCCGCCGGAUCACUUUAAUACCCGUUGAUUAUUGAGUUGCUGGAAGCACAAGAGGAGGUGGUCUAGCUUGGGGCAGCAAGAGGGAGGAAGCAGCACAUUUCUGAGUAUGGACCGCACAAUGUAUGAGCGGCCUGAGAAGCGCGCUCGUCUAACAUUACUUGAUGAAAACGUCCCCCGUGUUGAUGUAUGUGAUGGGGGACACCAAGUUGCGGUCAAUAGCGGGCAGCAUGAACAGCUUGGUAUCGGAAGGGGAUUGCCGCCUGCCGGAAUAGGGUACAGUCCAGAAUUCUACAAUGGAUAUGCCAGGGUAGCCUCCCCUGCGUGGCGGGACGAUGAUAAAGAUGGGCACUACAUGUUUGAGCUGGGAGAGAAUAUAACACCACGCUACAAAAUCAUCAGCAAGAUGGGUGAAGGAACCUUCGGUAGGGUAUUGGAAUGCUGGGAUAGGGAGAAUCAAGAAUACGUGGCUAUCAAGGUCAUUCGCAAUGUGCAGAAGUACCGGGAUGCUGCUAUGAUUGAAAUUGAUGUGCUGCGUACGCUUGCCAAAAAUGACAAGAUGGGCAUACGACGAUGUUUGCAGUUGAAGACUUGGUUCGACUAUCGGAAUCAUGUCUGCAUUGUUUGUGAAAGACUAGGACCGAGCUUAUACGAUUUCCUUCGAAAAAACAAUUAUCGACCAUUUUCUGCAGAUCUCGUUCGCGACUUUGGCCGCCAGCUGUUGGAGUCCGUAGCUUAUAUGCAUGAGCUUACCCUCAUUCACACCGAUCUAAAGCCUGAAAAUAUCCUCUUGGUCUCGUCUGAGUACGUAAAAGUGCCAGAUUACAAGACUUCUAAUACUGGGAAGCAUGUCAAGCGUGUACCUAAAUCAAGUGAGAUAAAACUGAUCGACUUUGGCAGCGCCACCUUCGACAACCACUACCACUGUUCAGUUGUCUCUACACGCCACUAUCGAGCACCAGAAGUUAUUUUAGGUCUUGGUUGGACAUAUCCUUGCGAUAUUUGGAGUGUGGGCUGCAUACUCGUAGAACUGUGUUCGGGUGAUGCGCUGUUUCAGACUCAUGAGAACUUGGAGCAUUUGGCUAUGAUGGAGCGGGUUUUAGGUCCCAUUCCCGUUCACAUGAUAAGGAGGGCAGAUCGACGGCUGGAGAAGUACUUCAGACAUGGAAGGGAGUUGAACUGGCCUGAAGGGGCAGUAUCAAGAGAGAGCAUUCGGGCUGUGCGAAGAUUACCUGGAUUGCGGAACCUGAUCAUGCACCAUGUGGACCACUCUGGAGGCCUUCUGAUCGAUUUGCUACAAGGCUUGCUGAAGUUUGAACCAUCAGAAAGGCUUACAGCGAAGGAUGCACUGAAGCACCCUUUCUUUAAAGAGUCCAAUCGUCGACUGUAAGACUUUUGCCGCUUGUUGUUUCUGCAAUUCAUGGGUAGCCUGGCCCCAACUAGCCGGAGUAUGGGAAUUGAUUACAAUAAUACGCUCCUGAGCAGCGCACCUUUGAAGAACCCUGAAAGAACUGUCCUAUUUAUAUUGGAAAAAGCUGCAGAAUAUUUGUUGUAGUGAAGCUGAAUGAAAGGGACGUUCUUCUCCCCCAAGAAAUGGGCAGGCUUGAAUUAAGAGAUAAAAGUAAUCGGGCUUGCGACAACGAAGCGUUCUAUCUUUCUUGAGGCUCAUUGCAGAAGUGAUGUUCCUUUCGUGGGCACUAUUCUUUCCACCGGUUUCGCAUUGGCGUACCAGGUGUGAGUGUACUUGUAUUGUAGGACUCUAUCCUCAGGAGAGUUGGGCGGUAGCUGAUGAUUUCAAGACCACGAGAUCUCCUGUAAGGAAGCCCAAGCUUGUUGUAAUAUGGUUCCCGUAGUAACGAAUCCAGGGUGCUGGUUGCAUGAAUUAUGUGAACUGGUGUCCGUGUCCGUUAUGGCAGCCA